CAGUAGUUUUCUAACUCUGUUGUGAGCACAGAUGCGUGUCAGUCGGGCUCUUCUGUCAGAGUGAGAAGUGAUUGUGUGACUGAAGCAGUAUCACACUCUUCUGCUGGUUUUGGGCUCUUCUGGAAACUGGAUUUUAGAGAAAUGAUGCUCAUCUUUAGACUGAUGCUGCUGCUGCAAACUACUGCAUGUCUGGAUCGGUUUUGCUGGUUUGAUCAGUCUGAUCCCUGUUAUGCAGCUCUGGGAGACAAACUCAAUCUGCUGAUGGUGCUGGACACUAGUAAAUAUGAUCUGAAGAUACAAAAGAGAAUAAAGAACAACACAAAAGAUGAUCAAGUUUGUAGAGUAAAAUAUGGCAGGAUAAAGGAUUGUGAUUUUUUAAAUAACAGAGCUGAAGUGACAGUCAUUAAUGAGACUCUGAUGAUAAAACGUGUGAUCAGAGCAGAUUCAGGGAAUUACAGAUUAGGACUCAGUCACUCAGACGGCACAGAAACAUCUAGAGAUCUUCAAGUGAUUGUUGAAGCUCCUAUUGGCUCAGUGGAAGUGUCAAUCAUCUGCUCCUCCAGUGGGGUGAUGAGGGCGUCCUGCUCCUCUGAGGGGGAUCAGCUCCUCUACAGCUGGACUCUGAAUGGAGAUCCACUGAUGAAUGGAAACAGCAGCAUUGAACUGAAUGAGGAAACUGAAGGAAACAUCAGCUACAGCGUGAAGAACCACGUCAGUCAUGGACAGAAGACCAUUAGACUGGUGUGUCCUACUGUGUCUGUGGUGUUUGUGCUGGUCUGGUGUUUUCAGCUGAUGGUUCUGUUGGGUCUGUUAGGAGGUUUUCACAUCUACAUGAGACACACGUCAGGAAAGAAACAGAAAGAUCAGAAAGUGAGAAUGAGAAGAUUUAGAGAACGACAUGAACACACAGCAGAAGAUUCAUGAGAGCAGCAGCAGAUCAUCACAUUUAUGAGAAAAGACUCAGAAUGUCAGAAUGUUUUUGUUUGUCUUUAUGCUUUGAAUGAACUAGCAAUAUUAUUAUAUCAUUACAUGAAACCCCUUCUGUUCAUCAAUGAUCAAACUUUAUUUCUCUGAAUAAGAUUUCUCAGUGUUUAUCUUUGUUCCUAUUUUGCUCUGUGGUUUUGGUUGAGUUCUUUCAUUCACAGUUUCUGUUUAGUUUUAACUGUUCAAAGCUCUUGAUCCCUUUCUCAGUUUCACAAUGCGUGUCAUUAAAAAAAUGUUCUUGUAAUAUUUGAGAGAGAGAAAACUCCAAAUCACAAAUCCAACCACUGUGUGCACCAGCAGAGUUUUGCUGGCACCUAAUGAGGAAAAUCUGGUACUGCGCCCAAACAAAAUCUUACUGAAAGCUCAAAUCAACCUCAAAUUUGGAACACAGCUUAGAUUUAGUUUUAAUCUACAUUGUUCUAAACAAUACUUUACAAAGGCCUGUUUGGCAUGGGCCUCUUUAUAUGGAUGUCAAACAGGAAGUUACCAUAGAGGAAGCAGAGGGAGCGGUAACAGACAGUACUAGGUGAGAGCUCCCUCUGCUGGCGUGGCAUUACAGGACCUAUGUGUAACUUUUUUUUAUUGAUGCACAAGGGUUACGGGGUUAUUUACUGGACAUUUGUUUUUUGUAUCAGUUUAAUUGUGCAUUUAUUUGUCUUUAUGUUUUGAAUGAACUAGCAAUAUUUUUAUAUCUUUACAUGAAACUCCUUCUGUUCAUCCGUGAUAAGACUUUUAUUUCUCUGAUUCAGAUCUGUGAGAUUGUUGUUUUGAUUGAGUUCUUUCAUUUACAGUGUCUGUUUACAUGUUUUAUCUGUUUGAAGCUCUUGAUCCAUUUCUCAGUUUUAUACUGUCUGGUGUUUUAAAGUUCUGCUUGAAUUUGCAGUUUGUUUGUUUGUUUUGAUGACUUUUAACAUGUUUAACAACAUUUGUGCAUUUUUCUUCACAAGAUAUUUUUGUCAUUAUAGAAUAUUGAUAAACACUGCAUUCUUUAGAAAUUGUAAAUGUAAAUAACUUUAUGUCUA